AUGUUCACUCCACCUAAUGCUUUGAAUCCAAGUAGUGUCACCAUUGAAGACCAAGAAUUUGAAGAAUAUGAAGAACCUCCGGUUUUUGGAAAGGGGAGUAUAUUCACUGGGAAUAAACACAGUGGGCCGAAUGUGAUAACUGUUAAAAAUGGCAAAGAUUACCGACUGAUUUUCUUCUCCCUGCUAAAUGAACAUGCCAACAAAAUCUCCGCCUGUGAUGCACCAGAUGAAUUAAGCCCUAGAGAACUCGACCGCCUUCUUAGGCUGGCUAAAGGUACAACAACUUUCAUGCAAAAAGACGAAAAUUGCCACACCCCCGAACCAGACAUCGGAAACGUCCGAGGGCUCGCGUGACUUAAAUUGAAAUAUCAUCACAAUGAAUAUACAUGAAACAAAACACAUUCAUCACCAAACAUUACAUAGUACAACUGGCAUUGUUUACAUCAAGUACAUGGUUUACAUUACAUGAUCCCAAAAUAUAAAGUGUUUGGUGAUUAGCAACUACAAAAGAAACUUUCAACACACUAGAUGCUUCCUCGUUCUAACGAUUACCUGAGAAUACAAGUUAUUUUGAAAACAGUCAACAUAUAUAAUGUUGGUGAGUUCAUAAGUAUGUUUGAUGUAAAAUAGUUUAUGUCGUUCGUAAAACCCAG